AUGAUAACUGGCGUGGAAGCUUUCCGUCUGCCUUCAAUCGACGGUUCGUUCGCCUCCGCCGGGAAUGUCCUUGCUUCGUCGUCUUCCACUUCGACGUCGUCAGAUUCAGCUUCAGCUGCGGCGGCGGUGGCCAAUUCACAGCCUCUGCCUCUCUCCACGGCCGUCUGCCUCUCGUGGAUACCGCCUGCCAGUCUGGCCGAGACCGGCUUUGUCGCAGAGUCGGCGGCCGCCUCACAAACCUCGUCGUCGUCUGCGUCGGCAGGCGGCAGAUACCGCCUGCGUCCCUCUUCACCUCCGCUGCUCGCCUACACCAUCUUCUUCACGACGAAUCGUCGAGCGCCUCUUUCGCGUUGGCCACGUCGCUCCGUUGACUCCAGAAUCAUGCGUCUUGUCAUCCGCAAUCUACACGUCGAUCGUGCCUACUUUCUGCGCAUGGCUGCACACAAUCGCUACGGCCGAUCGCCCCUCAGCGACGUCAAGGUCUUCCGUACUCCCGGA